GUCGAAGAAAACAGUUGCGUUUCUGUGGCAUUGCCGUGCGCACGCGAAACUGUUCUGUUUUAUUUCUAAUAGCGGGUUUGGUAGUAACUGAUAAUGACAUUGUUUACUCUCGUCAAUUCGCAAACACAGCAAUUUAUAAAAAAAUUUAACUGAAUAGAAAAUUAUUAAUUUAUUGCAACUAACUUUUAUCUACUCGUGAGUACAGAUAUAAGGUUCAUGUAUAACGUAAAUGUAAUAUAUAACAUUCUUUGCACUAAACAAAUCAUAGUUGUUCUGUUAUAGUACACAUCAAUAAUAUUCUUACUAAUAGAAUGUCUUUGAAAAUAACAUGAGUUAUUAACAAUUGAUUUUCAGUAGAUUUAUUUUUUUGCAUUUAAUUUAAAAUACAUGUUUGUUGGAUUUCAUUGUUAUCAAUGUCUAAUAAAAACGCGAACAAAGAUGAACAACGCCCCCAAAAAUAUGGACUUAAGUCGACGCUGGCACAAUUGUUUGCCACCAUAGCGCAAAGUUUUCUGUUUAUUGGAAUGGGAAUGAAUCUAUCAAUGCCCGCAUUGGUCAUUCGUGAUUUAUAUCAAAAUUCGAACAGUGAUUUCUCAAUAACGAUAACUGAGGCCUCGUGGUAUGGUAGCUUGCUGUUUAUGGUACACCCGUUCGGAUGUUUCCUUUCGGGAAUUCUGCAAGGAAAGCUCGGGAAAAAACGUUGCAUGAUAAUCGCCAACGUGCCCAGCAUUGUCGGAUGGGCGUUACUGUACUCGGCGGAGUCUUCGACGUUCCUGUGCGCGUCAACAUUGCUGAUGGGAUUCAGUACGGGAUUCGGCCCGGGAUCGACGUCUUCAUACGUGGGAGAGAUAUCGGAGCCGAGGCUCAGAGGGUCGUUGAGCUCACUGGGAAGUACGGCAACCCGAGUCGGAACGUUGCUCACGUACGUGUUGGGUUCGUUUUUCGGCUGGAGGACCGUCGCCAUGCUGAGCGCAAUCUGCCCGAUCGUGUGCAUAUGCCUCAUCGUUAUUAUACCGGAGUCUCCUGUCUGGUUGGUGGCUAAGGGCAAAAACGAUAAGGCCGAGAAGGCCAUGUGCUGGUUACGAGGCUGGGUGGAACCGGAAAUGGUGCGACACGAGUUCCUGGAGCUCAUUCAUUAUAAUGAAGUGUCCGGGACCCGCGGCAGCAAGGGUCACGUGGAGAAAAAAAAAGGUCUGCUGGCGAAACUGGCCGAGUUCAAAGAGCCGUCGGUGUACAGGCCGAUGAAAUUGAUGAUGGCGCUGUUUUUCGUGUCCAACGUGGUCAGCCUUUUCCACACCAGACCGUUUAUCACGAAAAUAAUGACGAACAUCUAUAUCGUUGACAAUCAAAACGAAUUAUUGGUGAUCCUUACGGCCCUCACCGGAUUGGGAAGUAUUAUAGCGACCGUAAGCGUGCACCGGGUGGGCAAAAGGGUUUUGACGUUUACGACGUUGUCGGUAAACAUCGUUAUGCUGAUGUCGCUCGGGGUGUACAUCAUAGCGACCAAGGAUAACAUCAUCGAGCCGUUACCGAGCGUUUCGUUAACACUACUGAGUUGCAUUUACUUCAUCGGCGCUUGCGGCAUUUCAUGUAUGCCUUGGAUGUUGCUGAUCGAAAUUUUCCCAAACAAAAGCAGAGGAAUAGCUACUAGUAUGUGUACAGCAUUGGCCUACAUAAUUUUAUUUUCAUUAACAAAAUCGUAUUUAUCGAUUGAAAUAUAUUUAAGCCUCGAAUACACAAUGAUUUUAUUCGGUUGUAUUGGACUUAUUGGACUUAUAUAUUUUUACUUCAGUUUGCCGGAAACUGAAAAUAAGACUCUUUUAGAGAUUGAAGAAUAUUUUGCAACGAAUUAAAAUAUGAUAGAAUAAAAAAGAUCCAUUUUCUUGGAUAGGUAAAGUUAAUUAUUAUUUUUUUUUACCCACUUGGUCAUACCAAAUUAUAGCUUUAAUAAUACAUAUAUAACCAAUUUAUGUAUAGUACGUAAGUAUAU